UUGAUUUUCCUCCACAAUAAGCUCUACGCGUAAUUGAAGACGAGGUAAAAGUGAGUGCUUUAGGACGGCAGGGAUUCAAACAUGGCUUUAUUAGUAUAAAGUUAAAACCUUUUGAAGGGAUCGGUAAGGAACAUGUUUUGUCGACAUCCUUGAAGAGCUAGCUAAUUACGAAUGAAGGGGAAGGAGAGGAAGCUACUUUGAUUUGGAAUGGAUAUUGCAUGUUUAUCUGUAAAAUCUGUGCGAGGACCACACUGCAUAGAUACGCAUGUACGAGCAUAGCGUAGGUGAGGUGAACAGAUGAAAGGAACGAACUUUUAAAUCAGGGGCAUAGACAUAAUUAUAGGAAUGGAAGAAGAAAGAGAAAGGAAAUCCCUGGAGUGGUUACUGGAUGCAUUCCCCUCAAUGUCUCUGGAGCAAAUUGCAUCUGCCUAUUCCGCCUCCAACUGUGAUCUGUACAAGUCUGCUCACAUGCUUGCAGGCGCAACCUCUCCUUCAUCCUCUGCCAUCAAGGAUAGUGAUAAUGGUGACCAUGGUCAUGCCGUUGUCAAGGACAGAGACAAAAACAGUUACAACAUCAACAAAAACACGAAGAAGAAGAACAAGAAGAUUUCAGUAUGUACAGGGACUGUAUCGAGUGUUGUUGGAAAUGGGUAUUCGAGGACAGUCUCCAUCAAGUCCCAAGGAAAGAAGCCUCAACAAGACCAGCGGCAAGAGAUGCACGUUGAGGAGUUCCUCUAUGCAAUGAUGGGAGAUGGCUGGCAACUUGAUAUGGAUGUCGUUAGAACUGUGCUAAGUCAAUGUGGAUAUGAUGUUGAGAAGAGUCUAAACAUUUUGCUUGAAAUGGCGGCAACAUCCUCUAAAGUUCAUUAUGAAGACCUUGCUGCUGGUGAAUCAAGUUUUAAUUACAAUGACGAGAAGGAUGGAUUGAUUCAAACUUCAUUUCAAACAAUGUCAGAAUCUUUCCCUGAGAGAGAUCAGGAUGAGCUCUUAAAAGUGUGCCAGGCAGCUGAAGGCGACAUUGAACAGGCUUUGUCAAUUCUUCUUGAAAAGGAAAACUUGAGUGCUAUUGGAACAAAGGUUGAAUGCAAUAGGCCACAGCUUGAUACAGAAAAAGUCAAUGUAAAGUCUAAUUUGGAACAGCUAAAAUUAAGCUUUCCUGAUUUAUCUGAAAGUGCCUUAAAUGAAAUUCUGGAAGCAGUAAACUUCAAUUACAGUGAGGCAAAAAGCAUUCUUAUUGAGGCUGGGAUGGAAUCAAGACAUGUUAUGAGUGAAGAUAAAUCCAGACUUCCAAGACAAUUGCUAGAGUCUUUGUUCAAUAUGAAGACAACCAGUGAAAAGCUACCAUCAAAUAUGGAUUUUGUGAAAGCUGUUAGACUGAAGAAAAAACCCAAGAAAUUAGCUGUGGAUACUUCAGUGGAUAAUUUGUUAGAUGCACCGAAAAUUCAAUUUUCAGAUGGUGAAGAAGAUGAGUAUGAGCUUCUUCAUAAGGCUGCAAGUCAACAUUGGGGAACAAUGAGGUCUUAUUUUCAAGAGGCAGCAGCAGCAUACUCAAAGGGGGAACGUGCUCGUGCAGGAUAUCUUUCAGCAGAGGGAAAUCAUUACAAGCAACUUGCUCGUGAAGCCGAUGAGAAAGCAAGUCAACGAAUUUUUGAUAUCAAAAAUAAGGAUAUGCAUAAUGAUGUUACUAUUGACUUACAUUCUCAGCAUGUAAAAGAUGCUAUUCGUCUUUUAAAGCUGCAUAUUCAAUCUCUGGCUUCCAUUUCAUCAAUUCACUCGCUCAAAGUUAUCACAGGGUGUGGUUCACAUGGCACUGGACGUGGAAGGAUAAAACGGGCUGUAACGCAGCUUCUGGAGAAAGAAGGGAUCAACUGGACUGAAGAGAAUGCUGGAGUGAUAGUCAUCAAAAUAAAAGAUGUCAAUCCUGAAAACUUGAGUUUUGUGAACUCAAACGCUGAUGAUUAAUGUAUUUUCAUUGACAAAUCCUUACGGACAAGAGGAACUUGAAGCAGGCUAUCCUUCUUUCUUAAGGGAUUCCUCCUGAAAUCAAGAUCAAAGAUUAUAAGAUCUUUUCUAUAAAUUGUUAGACCACUUUUUCAAACAAAACUGUAAAUUCAAAGUUAAGAAAACAUUCACUGACAAAUUCCCUAAUGGACAAAGGAACUUAAAGUCUCCUGAAAUCAAGAUCAGAGAUUAUAAGAGAAUCCUUUUUAAUAAAUUGUCAGACCACCUUUUUGAUAAACUGUAAAUUCAAAGAUUAGAAAAUGCAUAAAAAUUUUAAAUGAGCA